CUGUUUCAACGGAAGCUGGACCAACUCCGGCAUCGGCAGUACCAAACUCUUCGCAGAAUGGCGAGGUGGCACGGGAAUGGAGAGGCCAAAGCGAUCGGCGUGGUCCUCGUCCUUGCAGCGAUCCUCGAUGCUUCGUCGGCCGGAUUUCCAGAGCACCGCGCCAUCGACGUUGGCUACAAUGGCUACCAAAAUUUCCAGCCGGUGAUUUCACACCAUCGUCCGAUAGUUGUCGAGGAACCGCGAAAAAAAAGCGAGCAGGACUUCAGCAAGAUUCCCGGGAUUCCCGGUGUGGAUUAUCCCAUCUUUCACAAGGUUCCUCCGACCAGUUUUUCAUGCGCCCACGUUCCGUACGCACCUGGAAUGUACGCUAAUGUUGAAACAGGCUGCCAGGCAUAUCACGUCUGUCACGAUGGAAGAGAGGGACACCAGGGUGCCUCAUUCCUUUGCACGAAUGGAACCCUGUUCAACCAGCAUGAAUUUGCCUGCGAUUGGUGGUACAACGUUAAUUGCGCGGACGCACCUUCUCUGUACAGCCUGAAUUUGGAUCCAACGAAAAACCCGUUCGUCCCGAAAAAGAAACCGGAAGAGGAAUCGCAACCGCAUCAGGAUAAGUUCAAGAUCGCAAUUUUUUAAACAGUUUAACAAAACAGAUAUUGAAAAAUCGUGAACAAAACGAUCGAUAUUUACGAAACUUGGCAACUGUUUAAUACGACGCGUUUAAAAUUGACAAAUGGCUAGCAAACCGGACAAAGAUUUUGCGAAACAAGAUAUCGAUAUUUUUUUCUUCUUUCUAACAUGAGGUGAAAGGUAUUUUUUAUACUAACCCUCGCUUCGUCUUAAAUCGUGCAAAAAUCUGCCCGUGUAUUUUUAUUUAUUUAUUUAUUUGUUUUUUUUUAAAUUCUUUCUCUUCUGCAAAGUUACCGAACUUUUUGUGCAAUAAUUUGCACUUUCGGAUGAAACGAGACCGGCUUUGAAACUAUUAUUCAUUCGCUGGGUUUAUAAAAUAUUACCAUCGCAUAAAUCAUUCCAAUUAUUCACGCAUUAUUUAUAUGGCAACCCUGAACAUUUGUCUUUAAGUGUAUGUAAUUAGAAAUACGUAUUGAUAAGUAUCGAUUGUGAGGCUACGUAAUGCUAUAUAUUAUUACACAUAUACAUAACUAUAUACACCCAUAACUCGUAAGCGUAUAAUUUUAUAAUGUAGGCUGAUUUCAGCAAACUCGUGUAAAAUCGGUGGACCGAAUCUCUUUGCUCUCAAAUUUCCACCACUCGUAUUUAAUAUAUAACGUAUAUAAUACAAUAUUCAGAAAGUCACCGUUUUCACCGAUAUUCCUGAAACAGUCCUACGUACGUACUGCAGUUAUCAUAUUUUAUGUACAGAUUUAAUAUAUUUACCCAGGCUAUAUUUAUUGUCACGAUAUUAUCAUAGAUCAUUUACAAUUUGUAAAAAAAGAUAAGCGUAUUAAUGUUACUUUUGAUAUCGUAUAAUCGCGAUGAAUAAAAUCUUUAUCGUCAAUAUUGUUCCAACUAUUCCAUAUGUUUGAUCGCAACAUUAUGUAUGAAUAAAAAAAAUUUAUCCAGCAGAAUUGGAUGUCUAUUAUUAAUUUCUUCGGAUUGAUUAACACAACGAAAAUAAAGCUCAUAUCUUUUCUCUCAUUUCAAUUUUGAUAUAUAUCCGCAAAUUUAAGAUUAAACCAUGUACGUGACGAACUUAUGCUAUAAAAUAAAAGGAAACGAAACAAAUGAAAAGAAAAGUUGUCAAACUUUGUUCACUGUCAAAUUAUUUCAACAGUUGUUCGUUUUACUUCCGAUUUAAAUACGAUCGUUUGAUUUAAGGCAUUGUUUUUAAAAAAUAAUAAUCUCCACGAGACUAAAUAAGAGUAGAAAAAAUCUUUGUUUCUUAUACGACCGUGAAAUCGGUAAAAGUUUUUAAGUUAAAUAGCAGGUACUGAAAAUUACGUUGAUUGCAAUUAGAGAGCAUCACCGAAUAGUUAUAGACGUAU